AUGAAAUUAUGUAUGCAAACAAAUAUACAACAACUGAAACAAUGUGAAAAAUCAAUCAAACAAUUAGCAUUAAUUCAAAUUCAAACAAUACCUCAACAAUUACCAUUUUUUCUCAUAUUAGUAGAACUUGCACAUUUACCACCAAUUCAUUCAUUAAUUCAUUUACAAAUUAAACAAUUAUUUGAAUUAAAUUUUAAAUUUAGAAAUAACAUAUAUUCUUGGGAACCAUUCCUGGUUAAUCUUCAACUUAAAUUUGCUGAUUGGUAUAGUUGGACACUAUCUCAUUGCGAGAUAUGUAGCCUGUUAAAUCUUCGUAAUGUUAUUAUUAAUGAUAUUAAUUCUGAUGGACAAAUGAUUUUAUUAUCAAAAUGUACUUGUCAUAAACCAAGUCCUUAUCGUCCUAAUGAACGAUGA